UCGAGCCCCAGCUAACUGUCAGGGCGCGCGGACGCUGCGGAGUCGGUGCUUUAAAAUCCGGGGCCGGGGGGAGACGGCAGCCCUCCCCUGACUAGCCUGACAGGCCCAGGCGGGCGCCAUGCUAGGAACCAAAAUGGCUGCCCCGGGGAAGGCUGCCCAACCCGAGGAGCCGCGAGCGGGGGAACGUGCCGAGUGACGCCCGCCGCGCCGGACAGGUAACUUUCUCCUCCCUCGCCGCCGCGUCGUCGUCCGCCCCGCACCCAGCUCCCCUCCCUCCUCAGCCACGCCACCGCAGCUUCCUUCCUUCCCGGUUACGGACGCCUCAAGCCAGCCGUUCUCUCUCAUUGUGCUUGUGUGCGUCCCCUCCGCCCAUCCAGGACCCUCACCUGGAGCUCGGCCCUUUCCACCUCCCAGUGCGCGCGCUCCAUCUCGAAGCGGGCCCAUUCGUGCUGGAUGUAGUGCAGGAUCCCCGGGAUGGUGUAGUGUUGAGGCCGGGACAGCUCCGAGCCGCCGCCGCCGCCGGGGCCCACCGCUUCCGGAGCCGCCGCCGCCGCCGGGCCUUGGGGUUGCUGCUGUGGCGGCAGGUUGCCUCCGCCGCCGGGCCCCGCGCAGCCUUGGCCGAGCAGCUGGGAGUUCGCGUUCCCUCCGGCGGGCGGCAGCGGCCCUUGCUGCUGCUGCGGCCUCGGGCUGGGCCCUGCCAUGAUCCCGCCGCCGGCUCCGGGAUGUUCGUCCAUUGUCUGUGGGGAGUCCUUCCCCCGCCUCCUCUUGCUGCUGCUGCUGCUGCUCCUCCCGCCUGGUGUCCCGAGUCCGGAGCGGCGCUGCUUGUGGGGAGGGACCGGCCCGGGGGUGUCAAGGCCACGCGGAGCAGUAGCCGGGUGUCAGGGCAGCGCCGAGCUCCAGCCGCCGCCGCCGCUGCUGCUCCUGCCGCCGCCGGCCGCCAUUACAGUCUCAGCUCCAUCAUCAGCCGGACAGAUUCACUCAGCAGCUCGGCUCACCCACCCACGGGGUGGGGGGGGGGGAGAGGCGGAGGGACGCGAGGCAUGCUGGGAAACGGCACCCGCCUUGCUCCAACACCCGCGCCGCCCUGCACGCAUGCGCGGGCGCUGCCUGAGAAGAAAUUAUAGAAAGUAGGGGGUUCUUGCGCUCUGGGUGGUAUUUGGUGUUCGCUGAGGGGGAAAAAAAAAUCUCGCUCCUUCAGUCCUAAAUCAGUUUCCCGAGGCCGACUUUUUAACUCCUCGGUAAAACUCGCUUGUCAAUGGCCAGGAGAGCCAGAGCUGCCCGCAGAGAUGGUCGCUCUCUGGUUUUAAAGUGAGCAUGACACUCGCACUUCACGUGUUCACUGUGCAUUGUCCAGUUGUCAUCCUCCCGACAACCCUGGAAGGUAGGUCAGAAUGUUUCCCCGUGUUGCCGAUCUGGGCGGUGGAGGUGAGAGAGUGUGGCUUGCCUAAGGCAACCUACUGAGUUCCUGGCAAAUGUGACAUUUGAAAUUCCUUAGUAUCUCAGUCUUUUUGCCAGUUUACACACUGGUGUAAACUGUUGAUAGUUGCAGACAGGGCUUUAUUUAGCUCAGGAGGAACCACCAGGAGCAUGUGAAGAACAUAUAAAUUCAACAGUUAUCUGACCAUGCUAAGAGUGCAUUUUCCAUUUUUAGGAGAAAGCUUCCUAUAUCAAAUGAGCCUCUUGCAGGGAUUUUUUUUUCUUGCCUGGCAUUUUAAACAGCAACAAUAAUUGCUGGUAGUCUACAAAGCAUCCACUCAUUCUGAAUGUCCAAAUUGGCAUUUUACCCAGCUCCACAAACUCUGGUCCUUCUUCAUCCCACUUCCAUGAGAUAAAGACAUGGAAGGAAUAAAAGGUUUUGUGACCCAGGUUUUGUGUACCUUUCCCUGAUGGUAUGUUUUUAAAAGAUUGCAAAGGAGUGUAUUCCAUACUUAACUCCCUGCCACUUUAACAGUCUCUUGCCACUACUUUCUCUCCUCAGUCUAUAAUUUUUCAGUAGGCUGCUACUGUUUGUUGCUCCUUCAGCUCAUUUAAAAUGGUCUCCCCGAUGAUGGGCUGUGCCAGCAAAAGAUUCUUGGCAUUGCAGUUGCAUUCCUCACAUGUCUACAGCUGACUCCUUGGGGUGGACAAGAGGCUAUUUCUCCCACCACACGCACAACACACCCUCCCUCCCCCAGGACAUGAAACAUGCGCUGAUUUUGCCACUGCUGUUCUUAUUAUUACUCUGUCACCCAAAGUAGCAAGGCAGCAAAUAGAAACCAGAGUACUGGCAGUCAGCAAACCAGUGUCAAAUUACUACUAUGAGUAUGGGAUUAAAUUAAGAGAGGCUAACCUUUGUAGAAGGAGGGAGAGCUUUCUGAGCAAUCCCUUGAGGGAAACUCCAUCACAGGGAUGUUUAAAACAAGGUUAGUCAGAGCCGUAGGGAACAUGCCUUCUUUAGCCUUUGGUAAACUACUCAGUCAUCUUUGCAAACCAUAUCCUUAAAAAGGAGCAAGUUAAUAUGUAAACUAUAUAUAGGAGCGUUUUACAUCUACAGUGUAAACACGUCACAAAAUAAAAUGUUUAAUUGAAGGUAUGAAAUUAAAAUACAGGAGUCUAGUGCUGACACACUUGUACUUCAAAGUAGGUUUCCUUUAAAUAAAAUAGCUAUUGCACUAAAGUGUUCUGUCACAUCCUAAGUACUGGAUAUUGAGCGAGUCACAUCAAAAAAGAAAUGCUUUAUUCUUCCAAAGUAAAUUUGAUACAGAGACCUGGACUUUUAAGGCUACAGUCAUGAAACCAUGGCUAUAGAGGUCUUUUUCUGUUGUGGGCUGCAUGGCCAGCAGUGGGGCAGAGACAAACAUAAAUGUUCUGGAUUAACUAAACUGGAAUAAAGCCCUGUUUCAAUUUCCUCAGAUUAGAAUUCUCAGCUCUAUCUAUUCUCUAGUCUAUUCUUAGAGGCAUUAUGCCUUUGUUGAUGGAUAUAUACAACAGCUUAGAUAGGUUCUUGGUCUGAUCCAGUAGAGUACUUAUGUAGAAGUAUGCCCUAAAUGUUGACUAGGAAGUAAUAAAAGUACAGUGGUACCUCGGGUUACAUACGCUUCAGGUUACAUACGCUUCAGGUUACAGACUCCACAAACCCAGAAAUAGUGCUUCAGGGUUAAGAACUUUGCUUCAGGAUGAGAACAGAAAUUGUGCUCCAGCGGCGCAGCGGCAGCAGGAGGCACCAUUAGCUAAAGCAGUGCUUCAGGUUAAGAACAGCUUCAGGUUAAGAACAGACCUCCAGAACGAAUUAAGUACUUAACCUGAGGUACCACUGUAUAAGCAACACACUUGUACUUCAAAGUACAGGUGGGAGUUAUUAAUGAAAGGCUACGUAUCCCUGAAAAGCCUAAAGUGUUUUUGCUAGUACACCCUGGACAGUUAAGCAUUGCAAAUGCAUUUUAAACUUGCAUUUUUAUAAUCCAAAAACAGUUCCAAAAAAAAAAAAAUUGAGAACAGAAAACACUGGAAUGUGAGUUGGUUGCUAACUGUUUUCUAGAUUCUCUUUGUAAAGUGAAUAAACAGAGUAUGACUGUUCCUGAUGGCAACUAUUAGCUUUUAAUGCUUAUUAAUUGAUCACAGGUUUUUAUAGAUUUUUUUUUAUCAUAAUGACCUCAAAGUAAUUACAAUUGAAAAAUAUUGAUAAAACUCAUAAAAUACAAUUGAAAAAUAACAUGCAGUUUCAGUUCCAUUAAGAACACAGAGAUCCAGAUUCUGGAGGGAUCGACACAAGUUUCAUGCCCCAAAGACUUCAGAAAGUAGGUGUCUUCACCAUAUGGCAAAGAAAUCCCUUAAUAUUGAGGGCAUCAUGUUGCCAAGGGUAGGGAAUUGCAAAGGUGGGCCACGACUACAGAGAGUUGGGAUCUUCCAGAUCCCAAUACAACAUGUUUAUUGGCAGGACCAGAAGCAGAACCCCGCUCUGCCGAUCUCAUGGUUUGAAACAGUCUACACCUAGAUCUCUAGUCAUGGAGGGCUUUAUGUAUUAAAGUGGCUAAUUUGGAGUGUCUUCUUCUUUGGCGAUCACUUGAAGCCGAGUUAGAUUGUCUUCCAUGUACACGGUCUUAACGGUGUGUCCACAGGUGAUUGUGGAGCCCAAUUCUGGAUCCACAUGUCCUUCCACAGUGGAAGGCUCUUGUGGAAAGAUAACUGCCCAGGUAGGAGAAGUGAUUUAUACUUUCCAACAUUACACCACUGAGUUGGAUUUGUGGCGCUGCAGAGGGGUUGUUUUAUGCUUGUUGGUGCAUAAAACUUUGGUUUUUUGGAUGUUGAGCAAUAGGCCAAGCUUUUUGUAUGCUUCUUCAAAGAUAUUUAGGAUGGUUUGGAGCUCAUCCUCUGAGUGUGUACGCACUACGUUGUGUCACACCUACAUGACUGAAUCUUUUCAUAACCUCAUUCCCAUAGCAUAAAAAGAAGCAUAAUUAAAUUCAAAAAUUUAAUCUGUAUCAAUAAUUUAAUCAAUAUCAACCCUAAAGUAAGGUUUGGAAUGAUAUUCUCAUCAUGACCAUGGCAGUUCAUCAUUUCCACCUGAAUAUUUCUGAAGAUCACAUUCUGCAAUGCCAUUUUGGAGUGGGUUAAUUAAAAUAAACUCUCAUAACCCUAAGGGGCAUUAAUUAUGCUAUCUUUAUUUACCUCUUCUAUGGGCUAGAAGCUCUUGAGGCUUCCUUUUGAGUUUGUGCUGUUUACUUUUCAUUCUGAAGUUGCCCAUUCUUCAGUUGAAACCACAUAACCUGAGGAUACGUAAGAAAAUUUAUACUUUUUAUACGACUCCUAUAAUUUUAUGGAAGAGGAGACACACAUUGUUCCCACUCAUCCCAGCAUCUUACUGUUGUUAUUAAAUAUUAUUAUUAUUAAAUAUAUACACAUGUAUAUAAUUGAGAGAAGAAUGAGGACACAAUAAGGUUUAUAAUAUAAGUUAGGGAAUGGAAAGAGUGAAAAGAGAAACAGAACAGUCUCAGAGUUACAAACAACACAGUAAUUAAUUCAAAUUAAUGGGUAGCAUGUUUAAAACAAACAAAAGGAAGUACUUAUACAACACAUAAUUAACUAAUAGAAUGCAUUUCCAUAUAAUGUUGCAAUUAUUAGAAUUAGUGGUGUUGAAAAGGAUUAGGUAAAUAUGUGGAGGAUGAAGUUCAUCUGUAACUCUUAACUAUAAUAACCAGAGCCACAGUGUUUGUGCUCAGAGACUGUGUACCAUGUGCUUAAUUCAAAACUAAGGUGUUGGGACAAAAAUUUGUCUGGAAGUUAUCCUCUCUGACCUGGAAGCUGUUUCCCUAUAAUUACAGAGGGAAAGGCAUGUAACUCAUGCUCAAAGACAUGUUUUUCUUUAUUUUAAUCCCACAUGUUCCUUGAUCAACCUGGUUGUGCUGAAAACAGAUUGUGCAGAGCAAUUCUAACUGGGGAAUAGAGUGGCAGAUUCUCCCAAUCCUAACUGGGGCAUGGAGCAGCCAGGACAGAGGGUGGUAGCAGUCCGCCCCGCCCCGCCCCCCCCAUUUUUGCUGCACUAGCUGCAACCUGGCACAGCACAGGGCUCAGAUCAGGUUCUUCACUAGAAAACAGGCUGGCUUUGGAACCAGCAGCUCUGUUGGCACAGUCCUGCUCUGCCCCUCAAACCCAGUUUUAGGACCAAAUAUGAUUAUUGCCAGCAGGAACACUGGUAAAAAGCAGUAUGCACUCCAUCGCCCUUUCAGGUUCACAGUGGAGGAGACAAACACCAGUCCGGAUCAGGGGUUAGGUAUUUUUUUUAAUAGAAAAGUUAAGUAGACUGCACCCAGUUUCUAUGAAAAUCACAGGCCUUAGGUCUGGACUUUAUCCUGCUCAGUACUCUGGCCUUGAUCAAAACAACCUUUAACUCAAUUGUCAUAAAAAUAGAUCAAGUAUAGGCAUGUUCUGCAACCUUUCUGUGGACCACCCAAAUGGAGUUAGCAGACCACAGUUGGAGAAUCUUUGCUCUACCCCUAAGGUUUUUAAAUGCCUCACAUAUCAAUUACUCUUUUGUCUCCUUAGAAAGGUGUUGUAUCUAAAUCCAUUAACAAUAGCCACAAGCCCGUUUGUGAGCUUUUAAGAGUACUCUCCUGACAUGGGAGUGAAAGUUAUUGUCAGCUUAUGAGGAAAGAGUACCUCCUGUGAUCUGUAAAUAGCCUCAUAUUCUCUUAAACAGCUCCAUAUUUAAGAGCGAGCUGAGCUUUGCAUUUGGCAUAAAGACAUAUGCCUAUAUCUAUAAAUAAUAAUAAUAUUAUUAUUUUACACAGUGGCUGUGUUUCAUAGCAAGAAGUUCCCCAUGAGGAAAUUCAGCAUCCAUCUAUAAAUAAAAUCAAACAUUAAGCAAAUGAGAGAGUGUAAAAUACUGUACUUCAGAGUAGAACCAGCAGUGAAUCAGGCAAUGGUGGCUAUAGUUACUAUGUAUAAUGCAAAUGCAGUGGGAAAUAUUACAGGUUGGUUCUCUCACCAGUACAGUCUUACCUUGGAAGUCAAACGGAAUCCACUCUGGAAGUCCAUUUGACUUCCAAAACGUUCAAAAACGAAAUCAUGGCUUCUGAUUGACUGCAGGAAGCUCCUACAGCCAAUCGCAAGCCGCGGAAGCCCUGUCGGAUGUUUGGGUUCCAAAAGAACGUUCGCAAAUCAGAACGAUCACUUCCGGGUUUGCAGCAUUCGGGAGCCAAAACGUCUGAGUUCCAGGUCAUUCGGGAUCCAAGAUAUGACUGUAUCUUCAAUUUGAAACCAGUAGGAAUUGGCCCUUCUGCCUCUGUCCAGUACUUAUAAUCAUAGUUGAUUUCUUUUAUAAUGUUACUGUGGCAUCAGCCCCAAUCCAAUUGCUCUGGGUAGUUUGAUAACUGUACAAAUAAAACUGGGGUUGAGCCUCUCUAGGGUCUGGGGAAGUAGAGAGAAAGCCUAUUAAAUGAAGCUGUUUUGCACAAUUCUAGAACAUACAGGGGACGCGGGUGGUACUGUGGUCUAAACCACUGAGUCUAGGGCUUGCCGAUCGGAAGGUUGGCAGUUCAAAUCCCCGCGACGGGGUGAGCUCCUGUUGCUCAGUCCCAGCUCCUGCCAACCUAACAGUUCGAAAGCACGUCAAAGUGCAAGUAGAUAAAUACUGUAUUUUUCGCUCUAUAGGACACACUUUUUCCCCUCCAAAAAUUAAGGGGAAAUGUGUGUGCAUCCUAUGGAGCGAAUGCAGGCUCCUUGGCUUCAGCGAUAGCAACGCGAAGUCUCUGAAGCGCAGAGGGAACGCUCCCUCCGUGCUCUGGAGGCUUCGCAUUGCUUUCGCUGAAGCCUGGAGAGUGCGCACCGACCCUUCUCGCUCUCCAGGCUUCAGGGAUAGCCACCUGAAGCCUUCAGAGCGCAGCACAAGUUCCCACAGCGCAGCGCAAGUUCCUGCUGCGCUCCGCAAGGUUCAGGUUCCUUUCGCUGAAGCCAGGCGAGUCUUGCUCUCCCGGCUUCAGUGAAAGUAACCCGAAGCCUGCGGAGCGCAGCGGGAACUCACACUGCGCUCCGAAGGCAGCAGGUCGGGGAGCAGCAGAAAGGCUGUGUGCAGCCUUCCCGCUGCUCCCUGGGGCUGGCGAUGAGGGAAGCUCGGCUUUCCCCACCGCCAGCCCCACAAGCUGCGGGGAGCAGCGAAAAGGCUGUGCGCAGCCUUCCCGCUGCUCCCCGGGGCUGGCGGUGAGGGAAGCUCGGCUUUCCCCACUGCCAGCCCCACAAGCGAAAGGAACCCGAGGCUAUCUGGAGAGCGAGAAGGGUUGAUGCGCACUGACCCCUCUCGCUCUCCAGGCUUCAAAGAUAGCCGUCUGAGGUACCACUGUACAGUGGUGCCUCGCAAGACGAAAUUAAUCCAUUCCGCGAGUCUCUUCGUCUUGCGGUUUUUUCGUCUUGCGAAGCACGGCUAUUAGCGGCUAUUAGCGGCUUAGCGGCUAUUAACGGCUUAGCGGCUUUAAGAAAAAGGAAACAAACUCGCAAGAACUCGCAAGACGUUUCGUCUUGCGAAGCAAGCCCAUAGGGAAAUUCAUCUUGCGGAACGACUCAAAAAACGGAAAACUCUUUCGUCUAGCGAGUUUUUCGUCUUGCGAGGCAUUCGUCUUGCGGGGCACCACUGUAUUUUAGCAUUCUUGCCUCUAGAGAGGAGAGGAGAGAACAUCCAAACUUGAAUAUAAUUAAUUAAAGUUCUUGAUACAGUGGUACCUCGGGUUACAUACGCUUCAGGUUACAUACGCUUCAGGUUAAAGACUCUGCUAACCCAGAAAUAUUACCUCAGGUUAAGAACUUUGCUUCAGUAUGAGAACAGAAAUUGUGCUCCGGCAGCAUGGCAGCAGCAGGAGGCCCCAUUAGCUAAAGUGGUGCUUCAGGUUAAGAACAGUUUCAGGUUAAGAACAGACCUCCAGAACGAAUUAAGUACUCAACCCGAGGUAUCACUGUACUGGUCACUGACCAUAGUAAAAUAACUUGACUUGAAUUAAAGUUAGUUACAGUGCCAGAAUCACCAAAUCAUGAUGGGAUGGACCCAUUAGUUGCAAACAGCAGGGCAGGAUCAAAGCAGCUGGGAGUGGUGUUCCACAUAUACUUCUGCUUGUUCAGCCCUGUUUCCCCCUGCAGCUCUUGUGGCUUCCCAAAAGCCCCUGAUAGUUUAGAGAUCUUCCACAGAUCUUCCUCAGAUGCAUCCAGUUCUGGAAUUUGUGACACACACCCCCCACGCACGGCAGUGUUUCAUUCACACACAGCACUUUAGAUCCCAGCUUAUCUCUACUAAAACUAUCCGGGAAACUAAUUUUCUAAUUACUCUGCAUCAGAUCAGGCUGGGAAAGACUUACAGCAUACCUUUAGACAUUUGUUCUUUCUAGAAGAUGAUAAACUAGGCAAAAUGUGAUUUAAAAAGCACAACAAGGGUUCUUAGCUGAUUUUGGUUUCUGGAAGUGAAACAAACACGAUCUCUGUUUCAGACAUGAUGCAGAGCAGGAAAUUCUUCUAUGCACAAGCAGGGAGGAGCAAAGGAGCCCUCUUAGGCACAUAUACCAUUAACUAUGGUUUACUGUGAUGUGUGAACAGGGCCAUUAUGUUACCACAAAAUGGUACAUACAAAUGGAAAAGUUAUGAAUGAAAACUAUGGGCUUAAACAAUUGAACUAGCUAGAGCUUCCUUGAAGAACUGAUAAAGGUUCAUCUAAACUGUAUUUAGCCUUUAGAAUCCAAAGUUAAGUUGAACACUGAGUUAUAAAAAUAUAAGCAGCCAUUUGUUAUUAUUACUUUAACAUGGGUACAGCUGAUGACUUAUCAUCUUAACCAGGGCUGGGGAAAUGAAACCGUCACACCUGUCUACAGACUGAGUUUUGCAACAAUUACUCAUGCUAAAAGGGUAUUCAUGGGAGCAAUUCAGUUCGGAAUUAGUGGAACAAAUGAGAAGCUUGUUCACCACAUUGUGAGCAAUAGAUUCACUGCUGCUGCUUGAUAUGGAGGUUGCUGCUGUGGAGGAGUGCCUAGAGAGGGGUGGUGUGGGAACAGUAGUUCAUUUAGCUUGCUUGAACUAGGCGAGGGACUGGCCCAACACAUGACAUGUUAAAACAUAGCAUGAUAGUGUCCGGGUGGUAGGUAGAUUAUGAAAUUUACUCUGCAAAAUUAACAGAAUAAUGCCUCAUGAUUAUUUCAUAAGUGGGUCAUGAAAGUGACCCUGGAGUAGUUCUGUGCUUGGCUAAUUUCAGCCUUUAUAAAGGUAUUUUUGCAAACCUUGGCUGAUGGCAUGGAUCACACUAGGUUCCAGUGUAGUCUGGAAUUGGCGAAAAGCCAAUUCACUUUUUAAAAGUUGCUUGUUAACUCCUCCACCCAGGUAAGGGUAAGGGGGGGUCGUCACUCUGUGAGGCAGGUUAGGCUGAGAUAGAGUGAUUUUCCCAAAACCACAUAGUGAAAUUAAUCACUGAGUGAGGAUUAGACCAUGUGAGUUAGAUACUGAACAAAGAGCAAUGCCCUAGGCAAUUAUGAUAGGGUAUUACCAAUUUCUGCCUUUUAUCUUUAUGAGCUUUAUAUGCUUGGGGUUAAGAAAUGCUGAAGAACACAUCUAGAAUUAAUGGCAAUAUAUUAUAAAAAUAGCCCGAUACUAUAAUUUGCCAUUAUAAUAGGCUUCAGAAUAAAUGCACCCUCGCUCUCCCCUCCCCAACUUUUGGUGGUUGGCACAUUAAUGCAGAAGGAGGGGGGCAAAUGCCCACAGUUCUAAUUUCUAGCUUUUCAAUUUUCUGCAGAACACUAUUUUUCCACAGUAACUAGCUAUGCAUUUCCUCCCACAUGCCUGCUAAACAUAUCUCCUUGCUGGAAUUUGCAGAGUGGGAGGGGUUUCGUUCUGGGAAAUGUCUGCUUAUACUUUAUAUGCUAGUAAAGCAUUUUGUAGCAAAUGUUGAGGGGGGCACAUCUAAAGCUUCAUCCCAGCAUGGGAUCCCAGCAUGGGAUCACCUUCAGGCAGCUGGCUGGAAUGUUUUAUGUGGCUUUAGAAGCCUCGUUCACCUGAACCCACAGUCAUAGCCUAGAAAAGGUUGUCCUUAACCCAGUGCCAAUUCAAAAGAUGAAGCUGUUAAUUUCCUUACAGUUUUAUUUAAUCUCAAUUUCAGUUUGACCAUCUAGCCUUGAAAGAGCAGACAACGAAUCAUGAUCAAGUUUUUUCUUAUGGUGAACAAGCAAGGGCAAACAAGACUCUCUCGAUAUUAUGAAUACAUGGACCUUCAUAAACGGACGAUACUAGAAGCUGAAGUAAUCAAGCAUUGCCUUUCCCGUUCAAAGGAGCAAGUAUGUCUUUUUAUGUAGACAUUUUAGGGUCAAACAAUCUGACUGGGGCAGACCUGUGACUUUGAACUUGAGCCUUCCCCAAGUUCACAGCAGGGGUACAUUCUGUGUAUAGCACAAGUGUGUGUAUUUGAAUGGGAUUUGGCAUGCAAAAGGUGUGUGCACACAAGAUGUUGGAAUCUCCACCUAAUCUCUGCUCUUCCCCACAGCCACUUUUGUCCCAACUUCCAACAUAAGAGCUUAGCUGAGGGGUGGGGGGGAUAACCUCAGGAUGAUGGAAUGGGGCAGCGGUGCAGAUGGUUCAGCAUCCCUUGCCUGUACAACCCCUUUGCUUUUUAAAUGGCACUCUCCCACCAAUUUAUGUUGUUUAAAAAUUAACUCUUGACUGCUGCAUGUUAGGUGCUAUUUGUGCCCAUAUAUAUAGUAUGAUGAUUUCUUCAGUUCACCCCUAAUAUGGUGGCUCCCAACUUUGGACCUCCUGAUGUUUUUGAACUACAACUCCCAUCCCUCACCACUGCCCCUGCUGGCUAGGGACAAUGGGAGUUGUAGUCUAACAACAUCUGGGGGCCCUUUUUCAGGGGGAACUCAUAGGAACUCAGUCUUGGCACCUCUCAGGUGGGCACCAUUGCCAUUCUAAGAAAACGAGAGAUGUUUAUGGUGAGUUCCAGCACCUCUUUCCCUAGAAAAAUAGCACUGCCAAUAAAUGCUCUAAUAUGUUAAUUCAUAUAGGUCCACUCCAUAUAGAGAUAUGUGCUCUGUCAAGAAAACCAUCUUUUUUAUUGUUAGCCAAUCCUUCCUUCAUCUGCAAAUUGUUGCUAAGGUAACAGAAACAAAAUAAUCUUUAAACCCUUUUCAUUUCAGCAAGACAGUGGAAGACUUUGGGUGUGUGUACAGUGGUACCUCGUGUUACGUACCGUCCCCCUUACCGUUCUGCUAACCCGGAGGUAGAUGCCCCUUGUUGUGAACUUUGCCCCGGCAUGCAAGCGGAAGUCAUGCUCCGGCAGCGCGGCAGCAGCGGGAGGCGCCAUUAGCAAAAGCGUGUCUCAUGUUACAAGCGAUUUCUGGUUAUGAGCGGACCUCCAGAACGGAUGAAGUACGUAACAUGAGGUACCACUGUACUCUAGGCACCAGGAUAGUUUCAGGAUCCUAGCAAAGGCUAUGACACUGACUUUGAGUCAGCUCAGGUUCUUUGAAGGAUCAAGCUAGAUGUGAUAGUGGUGUGUGAGCGAUAUGUUGUUUACUUAAAAACAAGGGGUGGGAAAGCAUGUGAGGAACAGAUGACAUUAAGUAAGGGGAGCACAACUUUACUGGCUCUUCUUUGUUUUAAGCAGUUUUCUCUCAGUUGAGCUCCAAUGAAAGACCUGGGCUGGGAGAAACUGCUUAAGGCAACGGAGUGCAACAACGUAGGCGGGGGGGCUGGUUUUGUUACACACAAAACAAAUGCCAGUGGGCUGUUUUUACAAGUAGAGAACAAACCUCCACCCAUCCUUGUUUUAUAUGUAAACAGGGCAUUUUUAGAACUGGUAAAUAAAAACAAUAUUGGCAUUGAUUGUUCUGCCCUUUAAUAACUUACUUAGCCUGUAUAAACUAAAAAACUGUCCAGAUGAAAUCUACAAUAAGCAGAUAAAUAUCUACAAAAAUGUGUCAUCCAUCAAAUUUUAUCUAUGUCUUUUUUAGUGUUCCUUUAUUGAAUACAAAGAUUUUAAGCUGGUGUACAGGCAAUAUGCUGCUCUUUUCAUAGUGGUCGGAAUUAAUGAAACCGAGGUAUGUGUUUAUUUCUUAACUAUGUAAAGAAAAAACAAAUAUUGAUCUAUGAACUAAAGACAAAUACUGAACUUGAUAUAUGCCCAUUGCUUCAGUUUCUUCCUGGUUUCCAUAUGUGAUCCAGUUCCUUAUAUUGUGUCCUUCACUCUGCAAUAUCUAGCUCUCCCACAAUGUAGUUGCAUCAUAAGAGAUGAAGGAAAUGCAGCAUAGUCCCUUUUAGCAAAACCAAGAACUGGCGAUACCAGGGUUCCCCAUUAAAGGGGUUUCUGAGGGGAGGCUUUGACCGUACGCCGAGAGGAAGUCAUUGCUCUCCCCUGCGACGGCGGCGUAACGGGGGCGGCUAUCUCUGCUUGAACAUAUGUUCUCCAGAGCCGGCCCAUCCCCCCCCACACACUGGAUAACCCUGAUGUUCCCUAGAUCCCCGGCUGGGGACUGGGGAGGGAUAACUCCCAAUGCCUGAGCCAAGCUUGGCACCUCAAAGACAAGCAGGGUGUCAUGAGCUUUUGUAAGCAAGACACUGCAAGUAGAGACUUGACAAGAGACCAGGGUGCUUCCAGGUGGGUGUUUAUCGUUGGAUUGGUACACCACAUGCAAGCAAACCUUUUACAGCACCCAUACAAGGUCAUCAUCAAAAAGCCAGGCUGUAUUUUUUUCUCAUGUAAUAUGAAUUUAUUAUUUUGAGGGAAAAUCUGAUAAGCUAAAAAAAAAACCCCUGUUGCUCACAACCCACUAGCGAUAUCUCAGUGACCUGUUUACAAAGGAAGCACCCUUGAGAAAUUGUUUUAUUCAUGUAUGUAUUUACAACCUUUCUGGACUGCCUUUCAACACAUAACAGUGAUCAAAGGACAGUUUUCAAGCACAAUAUAAAACAUCAUCAUACGACAUAAAAUGACAGUGAAACACAACAAUCAAUAAUAUCAAUCAUCAAUAAAACAUAGCAGCAUAAAAUAAGCCUGAGGUCUUUGUCAGUCUCUCCUGGCUUCUUCCAAAAGCCCAGAACAUCAAGUAUGUUUUAACUUGACAGUAAAAUCCCAGCUAGGAUGCCACCAUCCAUUGUGCCAGGGAAAGAGUUCCAUAAUACAGGUGCUACUACAGAGGAAGCCCUGUCCUGUGUCACCACACAGCCAGCCAUGCCUGCCUGCAGGACACGAAGCAGUGCCCCCUGCCAAUCAUGGGUUCCAGGCCAUUCUGAGCACAAACAUCAGCAUUGGCAUGGUCUGCAUGCAAUUAAACCUGAUGUGAAAUUCAGUGUGUUAUUGUUUGUAAUGCUGCCCUGGUACACUCUUUUGAAUUAAUACUUCUGGUGCAGUGAAUGUUAAGGUCUAAGGAUCAGACUAUUCGUUUUGUUUCCUAAAACUUAAAACAAAAAUCACAACUGUGAGCUUUAUAAGUAAUGUAGAAAAGUUAACAGAUCACUGGUUUCUCUGAUGUUCCAACUGAUUUUCAGAAUGAAAUGGCUGUCUAUGAACUCAUUCAUAAUUUUGUGGAGGUUUUGGACAAGUAUUUCAGUAGAGUGGUAAGUAUGAUAUUGAACCAAAUACAAACUCUUCUCUUUUUUUAGAAAGCUUUCAUAUGAUUUAUUAUAUCAUAGACCUAUUAGUCUGAAACAUUUGCACCAUGAUAGAGUGCAGAUAUUUGACCUUUGGAUUUAUUUUUAUCAAAAGACAUCAACAUUUAAGUCAUUGGGUAUUAAGCAAGUACACAGGUGGCUCAAGUCUGUAUUAUUCCACAUGUAUAGAAUUAUAGCUUUGUAGCUGCCUUGGAAAUUGAGGAGAAAUUGAGCAAAAGCUAAAAGAGAGCUUUGAUAACUUGCUCCCAACUUUUGGAUGUUUCUAUUGGGACACCAGGAGAGGUCCAACAUCUGAAUGUAAGCUCUGCCUAUGUCAUUAGAUAAAUAUAGCACUUUGAAAGAAUCUUUGAAACUCACAAAUCUAAAAAUACUGAGAUGACAAAUCAUCUCUCUAGUAAAGGACAGAUGUUCUUUUCUUUCCCACAGUUUGUUCUUUCCUCCUCCAUUAUCAUCCUAGCUUGAGAUACUGCCAGAAUUCUGCAGAUAUUAUAUGUUAAUUUUACUUUCACUAGCUCAUCUCUUGGGAAUUAACAGUUCAAUUUGUUAUAUCAUUUACUUGUUCUCUGUGCUACAAGCAAUUAAAAUAGAAACAUGCAUGAUACGAUGUACCACACUUUUCAACCCUUUUAGAGUGAACAAGCCAGCAGCUUCGAGCAAGGCCAGUCUCCAUGGGGUGGUGCAAAUUGUACAUUAGACUCUGUCUUUCAGCCAAUAGAUGAUCAUUCAGAAAUAGAGAUAUAGCUGCAUCUGUUGAUUGUGUUAUAAUCACAAUUCAGACAAAACUGGUAUUAGGAGGCAGUGCUUAGAAUAAGGCAGGCAGAUUUUUAGGAAAUGUGCUUUCUUAAAUGGGUGGCAGCUUCACAUACGCAUGUUGGGGCUUUCACUGUGUGCAUUAUGGUCAAAAAACAAAAUAAGCUUUAUUGUACUAGCCAAAGGCCAUGACAAAACCAUACAAACACUGUCAGGAAAAGAAAUACCUAUAUAAACUAUAUAACUCUAUAUAAAAAGCAGAGCCAGUGCCUUGAUCAUAAAAUGCAGAUGCACGUGUAUGUGUAUUAUGAUGCCCGACAUGCAGAAAGAUACACGUUCAAGGAGGAAUGCCAUGGCUAUUUUUAACACUGGAUCGCCUCAUAACACACCAGCAGAAAUGUGAUGACUGACACACAGCCAGGACUUAUGUGUCUUCCAGCAAUUUGGCAGAAGUGCAAAACAGUUCAGCUGCCCACUUUCCCCGAAAACAAUCAAUCUUUAUACCUGCAAAAGGUAGCUUUAAAAGUGAGACCAGCAUCUGGUGGAAGCUCCCACUCAAAAGAGGGCUGCUCAGUAGGAUUUCCCAUAGUUUAGGGCUGUGCAUCUUUGCCUCAUCCAAAGCAUGAACAACUAGUAGAUGACUGUAUGCAAUAGGUUUUGCUUACCGUGUGGGGAAACUGUGACCCUCCAGACGUUGUUAGACCCCCAACUCCCAUCAGACCCAGCCAAGGAUGCCCAAAGGUAGGGUUGCCAUAUUUCAGAAAGUGAAAAUUCAGACACAAAAGUUGUGUGGGUUGCCAUAUGUCCGGAUCUUCCUGGACAUUACAGUGAUUUCUGUCCAGACACUGUUUCCAAUGGCCGAAUCCUGCCUAUGUCCAGGAAAUUCUGGAUGCAUGGCAGCCCUACCAAUGGCCGAGGAUGAUGGGAGUUAUAGUCCCUUAACUCUGCUUUACAAUAAAAAGAUUGUACUGAAAAUGGCUGCAAAGGAUGAGUGAAUAUUUACAAGCUCCAUGAUAAUCCCUUGGUCCAAAAACCAAUAUACAAAUAAACUUUAAAAACACUAAUAAUAAUGUACAGUAGUCAGAAAUGGAACAACAUCAGUUCUUUGCUCUUGCUGAAAUGUCCCUUUUCCUCUUCUUUUUUUAGAGUGAAUUGGAUGUAUCCUUUCAGUUUUCUCUAUGUUCCUGCUCCUUCCUGCGUCUGCCGGGCUGCGUGGCAUUCGUAGGAAUCAAAAUGUUGCCAUGAUUGGAUUAAACUGUGUUCAGCUGAGGUGACUGAGCUAUAUGGAUGGAUAGUUUGAAGUAUGUGAAUAGUAUGUGAAUAGUGACAGUGUGGAGGUAAGUUGUUAAAAGGCUGAUGAUAUGGGUGGUGAUAUGAUAGUGGAUGCUGGGAAAUGGAGACAUUUUGUCUAAAGGUAGGAAAUUUCCCCUUGCUCUACUUGCUGCAUGCAUAACGUUAAUAGAUUUCAGUGCAUGAACACAGUAGCUGUGAUAGAAUCUGUUGCUGGGCAAAGGAAGAGCUCUGUCCUCAAAGGAACCGAGCUCCGAGCAUUUACUGCUACCAUUGAAAGGGAUCUCUCUCUCUCUCUCUUUCUCUGAUUGCUACCUGCUUUUCAAUGGCACAGGCAUCUGGACAAAAGUCUCAAAUGGAGAUUUCAGCACAUGGGGUGAAUAGAUACAGGAGAAUACUAGGGAUGCAGAUUAAUGCAGUCUGCUUGCUCAUUACAGCUGUUAAUGUUCAACUGAAUGACCAUCUCCUUCUGCACGAACCUGCCUGAGCUGAGCACAGUGUUUAGUAUCAGAUCCAUUCAUUGAUUCUGCUGGCAUAAUGUAGUGGGAGAGGAUUUGAGAUGGUUGCUGAUGACCCAAAUGGGUUGGGUAACAUCUCUCUCCAUGUGACGGAGGCAGGAAAGCAAAGAACUCUGAGAGGCAGGCGCAUUUCCCUCAGUUUUUUCUCUCAUGCCUGAUGGGACAGGUUUUUCUUCUUAUGAGAGUUAUCUUCUGUCAUACUUUCAAUGCUACUGGAGGCGUUAUGGGUGGGUGUGUCCCCCAUGAUCUGGCCUUAUUUAAGGGAAAUGGAACUACCGUAUUUUUCGCCCCAUAGGACGCACUUUUUCCCCUCCAAAAAUGAAGGCGAAUGCAGGCACCCACCCCUCUCGCUCUCCAGGCUUCAGGAAGCUAUCUGCAAGCCUUGCAAGCCCGGCGGGAGUUCCCGCGGGCUCACAAGGCUUGCGGGCAGCAGCCUGCAGCCCGAAGCAUGGGGCGCCCUCCGGAGGGCGCCCCAUGCUUCGGGUGGGUGUGCGCAAGCCUCGCACACCCGGCGGGAGGUCCCGCCGGGCACGCGAGGCUUGGGGCGGUAGCCUGCAGCCCGAAGCACGGGGAGCCCUCCGGAGGGGGGGGAAUAAUUUUUUUUUAUUCAUUCCCCCCCCCCCAAAAUGAGGUGCAUCCUAUGGGCCGGUGCGCCCUAUAGGAUGAAAAAUACGGUACGUCUAAUAUUUGGGGAAGACAAAAGGGGACAUUCCAGGUGAGACUUGAAUCCCGUAACAUACCCCUGGGUGAAAAAUAUGCCAACCCCAGAAAUGGUACACUAUGUUUCCCUGUAGCUGUCCUGACACCUUCUACCAUCAUCAGCAUGAGAUCAGCAGGGCUCAGGAUUUGGCAGUUUCCCAACCCAGAUUCUCCCACUUCUACCCUUUUUGGAUUGGAGAGCAGUGAGGGUAGCAUCAGAAGUGGAUGGUCCUGAGAAACCAACAACAACAACACCUGUGUUGAUGGAAGUAAGACAAUUAAAGGGUGACAUUACAAACACUCUCCUAAUUGCAUGCUAAAUAAUUGUAUGAUUAGCUCAGUCGGUAGAGAAUGGGACUCUUAAUCUAAUCUUAGGGAAGGAAAUUUUGCAAUGAAAGGGAGGCUCCAUUACAUUUGAGUCAGGAUUCCACUUAAAGAGGAAGCUUAUUAGUAUCCUCUUAAUUAAGAGUACACAUGAAGCAAAAUGUUUUCAGUAUUGUAACUGCAAUACAGCAAAAUAAAAUAAAAAAUACAUCUUUGUGGAAAUAGCCAGAAUUUAAGCAUUUCCUCACCACCCCCACCCCCAUAAAUUAAAAUCUCAAGUUUUGCUACUUAGCAUGCUGGUGUAUUUGACAAGUCCCAGUUAUGUGCAUGGAGAAGUGGGUGGAAUUGUAUUAAGCUCUUUAAAACAACUGCAGUAGGUGCUGAUAUCUGGGAGAGAUGAGUCAUUUAAAAAGAUUACAAAAGCAACAGUUGAAAGUUAUCACAUCAAGUUUUGUGUGGCAAAACGGAUCUGGAGUGGGAGUACUUUAUUUUUUAAUGCCUGUAUUUCUGUGUAAGGAACAAGAGCACAGGUUUUCACAUGAAGGUAAGACAUAGAUGACCUGCUCCUAAAAGCAUGAAUUGCUGCCUAGGUUGCACUCCCAUGCACAUGUACUUGUAAGUAUGGCUCUUUGAGCACAGCUUGACUGACAUCUAAGUAAAUAAACAUAGGUUGGUGCUGUGCAUUACAUACAUAAAAGCAUUUAAGAAGAGCAUAUCCAUUUUCAGGAGAUGUUACUGAAUUUAGCUAACACACAGGCACUCCCUCCAUUGAAGAUGUAAGCAGGUGUACAAUAAACCUUAUAUCGUAAAGACACUAGCUUCCAUUGUGCUUUGAUUUUCCCAACAGAAACAGAACCCUGGGUAAGUGCCUGGAACCCCCUGGAAUAUUGCUACUGCUAGGCAGAGACCAGGGGUGACACGCAAACUUCACAACAUUACCUAAAGAAAAUAAAGUCCAAUAGUGAUGCCUCGUGCAGGGAGAUGUAGUCUGUGGCAUUCCCACAGUGACAGUGGCAAGGUUAGCGGAGCCCUGGGUUGGCAGUCUUGCAGGGCCACUGACACCCUGACUACCCCACCACAGCCUCCCUCUAAUCUCCUCUCCAUCCCAAUGAGCACAACGACCUCUUUACUGCAGAUCAACAUCAUGCUAAGCUGGAGGAGAGGUUCCUCUCUUCCAAGCCCAGCAGUAGGCUAGGAAGGAAAACCACACUCUUUGCUAUUCAGAUAUCACUUUCUUAAAAUCAGAGAUGGCAUUUUCCCUUCCCAUCACUGUGAUGGCCUGGGAGGAAGGGAACUUCUCCCAGCUGAAUGUUGUGAUGGGGAGGAAAGCCUCUGUCUCUCUUCUGCUCAGUCUGAGGAACCUCUCAUUCUAUCCCACUGUUGAGGUGUUGAGGAAAGCCCUCUCCUCAAAGGUACCUUUCCCUCACAUGUGCCACCAAUCCUGGAGGUCAGAGCACUCAUUUAUAUGUGCUGAGACCUAAGAUCUCAUAGCAGUAGCAUCACUGGUUUUGCCAUCAAUCUUGGGGGGUGGGGGCCCUACUGCAGGACAGUUUCCUCACCUUUGAGCUAAAGACUUGCCACUUUUCAGUUGCGGUCUGUCAACACUUAAAGGCCAAAAGCUUUGGUAAGAAAAUAUUUGCCAGAACCAACUUAAUGCCCAGGCAUUAAAUCACAUCAAUGCACAAUACUUCUAAUAAAACACAGGUAUUUUUGAGGCAUAUGCUAAUGGAAGCAAAUAUAUUUAGUGACUGAAAUAGCUAUGCCAGUCACUGAGCCAAAAACUGUUUUGUCUUGGGGUGACACAUCUGGCUCUAUGAAACUUGAGAAAAUACUGGGUAUAGAAAUCAUCAGUGGUAAGUAGCUAUAUCGCCAAAUUAUAUUUCGGCCUUGUGUUUGAAUAAAAUAUAUUUCAAAGCAUGUUCAUACGGCCUACCUUUAUUAGCCCCUUGCCCUCUAUUUGAAGAGCAGUUCAGAAUUUUGUUUAAACAUAAAUAACCUUAAGAAGGAAACGUGGAGGCUUUGAAGUUGGUCAUAAACAUUGAGCAAUAGGGCAGCAGAGACAGUCACCUGGUCACAGUCUUCCCUUCUAUGGUGAGAUGUAGGGUAGUUUUACUAAAAUUAUAGCAAUUUUGCAAUUUCUCUUCUGUCUAUACUAUAUUUGCACAAGUUCACCACUGUGCUGUAUUCGUUGCCUAUUUCCUAAGGUUAUAAAAGCCGUGAGUGUGGGGAGGAAGGAGGAGGGGCAGGAAGAAAAAGAAUGGAAAUGACUUUGGGAGGUUAAGCGGAGGCCUUGGUGAACGGGGAAGAAGGGUCUCGCUAUGUGUGACAGUUUCUGCACUGAGAAGGGAAAAUGUUUUAAAACAAUGACAAAAGUUUGAGUAAAGCAAGGACGGAGAAACACUGAGAGGGAAAUGGCAGUUUCCAAAAAUGGCAGAGGUUUGAAUGUAGCAGGGAUGGAUAAACAACACUGAGGGUUUAAAAAACAACAACAACAAUAAUAAUUAAUAAUAAUAAUUUAUUAUUUAUACCCCAGCCAUCUGGCCAGGUUUCCCCAGCCACUCUGGGCGGCUUCAAACAAAAUAUUAAAAUACAGUGGUCUGUUAAACAUCAAAAGCUUCCCAAACAGGGUUCCCCCUCCCCCCAGUUUUAACCAGGAGAAAUGGGUGCAACAUAGAAGGUAAUGAAACGGAGUCUUUUCUAAUGGCCUUCUCGGCAUGCUCAAACAUUGUUUCAACCCACCCCCACAUUCUUCUCUCUUCUUGGUGAACUCAAACUUUUCUCUCUUCCAUUCCUCAGUUGCCUUAUGUGUGUGAGAGAAAGAAGGUGGAGCCCUCAAAUAUUCCAUAGUACCUUCACAUAAUAUAGUUCACUCCCAGUACCAUGAAGUUCCAGAUUGAACAUAGCAAUUUAGAACAGAUAUUAACAAGCAAGCACCCCUAUAUGUAUAGCACCCAUUUUAUGCAAUCCUGUGUCUUUCAUUGUUUUUUAACCAUGUAUAAGUUACAGCCUGUUCCUUCAAUGGUAAAUACACAAAAUUUUUAGUGACCAGCCGUAGUUACCAAGGAAGAUGCAUGUUGAAGUCCAUGUUCAGCAUAAAGUUUGCUGGGUGGCCCUGAGCCACUCCCUCUCUUUCAACCUAACCUACCUCACUGGAUUGUUGUAAGGAUAAAAUGGGAAGGGGUAAGAUAAUAUAUAGUGACCUGCGCUCUUUGGAGAAUGAAUGGGACAGCGGUGUUAGUUAAUUAAUUAAUAUACAGUUACAGGUUUAGGGAUAUAUCUUAACCUUAGAUCACUGAGAUUUAAAAUCUCAAGGGUGGAGUUAGGCCAACUAAGCUACUAGCAGUGGACCUGAUCUGGGCCUCUCAACUGGAGCUAGUGCAGCUGAAAUGCUCAAAUUACCACCUUCCACUCUGGCCAGGGCAAGCAUGUGGGCUUCAGAUAUGGUAGUGGCUCUGCCGCUCAGUUUAGCCCAACUGAGCAUUGCAGCCUAAGGUUCCCAUCUUUAAAAAGGAAGUAGUCAUAUUUAUUAUAUUGGAUUCCCCAAAAGAUUAGCAAACAGUACUGUACAGGUUUGUCACUAGUUUAUCUCCCAGCGUAUAGCCAAUUAAUAUUCUUUCAAUAUAAUACUGCAGUAUAAUCCUGAUGUGAAAAUUCCUGGUUUACUCUCUGAAGCUUUUGGUAAAAUUUCAUUUAAAAAGAUAAGCAAGCCCUUUAGAUUCUGAUUCAUGUUUAAGUGAGGGUUGGGCGUUGGACCGAUGCUGUCUGCAAAGGAGUGGCAUCGUUUAGCUGCAAGGCUUUUGCAAGAGGACCCAGCGUGCCUAAAAGAGCCAAGCAACUUGCCCUGCACCUUUGGGAAGAGCAGCUCGGGGAGAUGAGGAAGGAACAGCCUGAGUGGGGAGGGACGGACUAUGAGCUGCAGUCACUUGAUUCCCAAUAGCAGAUGAAGUACUUGUUGGUGGAAUGAAGAGUAGCUAGUUGUGGAAUGCUGCCCAACAGGGUGGGGCAGCUCAUAUCUCACUGGGGGAGAAAAGAAGCCUCUUUGGGCUUCCAGUCAUAAUACCAACCUCCAGUUAUCUCUGUAGAAACAUUUUAAAAACACUUGACAGUAAGAUGGAAUGCAUGUCUCAUCAGAUCCUGAACCAAGGAAGCAAAUGUUGAGAUUCUUUACUCUUUGUACAGGGGCUUCGUUUUGUUUUCAGGUGGGGAGUGCUGCGAUUAAUACAGAACGUGUUCUAGCUGUUUGCUGGCUAAGUUAGUAGUACUGAAAUGUUAGAUCUCUGUGGACCUCUUUUAAAUUUCAGAUUACACAGCUGUUCUGGCUGGGGCUGAUGGGAGUUGUAGUCCCAAAGAUCUAGUCGAAAAGAUCUGGCGGGCACCAGGUUGGGAAAGGCUGGUAUGAAUUCUUACAUCUCAGUGCACCCGUAUUUCCACCAUAUGCGGUAAAUACUUUAAUACAGUAAAGAAGACACCUUCAGCAGGUCAAACGAAAGAUAGGAAGGGUUUUUUCAAGCAAUUGUGAUGUUUUCUCAGUACAGCUGUUUGCAAGUUAAGGCAUGUCUGGAACAGUGAGGGACUGAAAGCUGGAUACACAAUUUUUUCAUUUGAGCACUUAAGCAGAGGAAGAAUGUCUUUUCAGCACUGAUUCCACCUCAUUUACACAUAUAAUUGUAUUUCUAUGGGGAAAAUAGGGGACUAGGGAUCUCUGUCCAGGGUGACUCCCCUCAGACUACAAUUCCCAGGAACAUUUUGGGGAAGCAUGAUACUGAUUUCUUGUCACUGAUUUGCCCUAGCAGAAUUUGUUAACCAUUAUUUCCCUUGUGUUCUGAAUGGUCACUUUGCUAAGCAAUUGCUAAACAUAUUGAAGCAUUUUGAAAAUUAAUUUGAAAAUCAAGCUUUUCAGUGAAACUUUACACAAUUAUUCUGGAUUGGCUCUCUUAAUGCAAGUCACAAUAGGCUGAUAGCUGUUAGAAUAAGAUUGGUGUUAACCAACAUCAUUUGCUACUUCUGCUGUUUCUCUUUUCUACAGCUCUUUUAAUUUACAUACUAUUAUACACAAUAACUGUAUAGUUGGUUGUGAAACUGGAGUUACAAUGUUAUAAUUUUUGCAGUUACCGAAAAACUCAUUAGAAAGUUCAUCUGUUAAGCACUUAGAUAAAAAAACAAAUUUGAGUUCUGGCAUUUUUCAGUUUAGUCUUGCUUAUUCCAAAAUAAAUUCCUUAACUUUAUAUGUACACAGAUCAUGUUCAAAUUGGACAGAGUGCACAUAAUUUUGGAUGAAAUGGUAUUAAAUGGUUGCAUUGUAGAAACCAAUAAGACCAGAAUUCUCGCACCUCUUCUUGUUCUUGACAAAAUGGCUGAAAGCUAGGAAGACUAUGCCAGUGAAGGGUGUGUUCGCACGGAAUUCUUCAAAACAGAAAGAAGGAACAAUGAACUCUGAGGAUUCAAAGGCUAGUCUUGCAACAUUCCAAAUGGGCUGAACUGAACCUUUUCAUGCUAAAAGACAACUGAAGGAAGCAGGUGCCACACCUUUACUAUCUACCUGUGAAAGGUUAAUUAGCAUAGUUACUGCUUUAAGUUUUUAAGAUAACAAAAUAUUCUCAUUGUGUAGCCUGUAAUCCAGCUGGUGAAAUAAAUAGACUCUUUAAUAAUAUACCUGUG